CAUCCAUCCAUGGCCGAUCUUAUUGCUGUCAAUCUCUAUUUCUGUUAAAAUAAUGAAGCACCUUCAAUGAUUCUUAUUGGGUUUUUAAUGUGGAAGUGAAGUGUGGCGGUGCGGUCUCGGUGAUAGGGUUCGUUGGUCACCGCCACCAUGUUCAGCGGAACGGUGCGCGUAAAGGUGUGUGAGGCUACGGGCCUUCGACCGACCGAUUUUCAGAAACGGCACAAUAUGACCUUCGGGAAGCCUGACGAUCAGCCAAUAGACCCGUAUGUGUCGAUCGACGCCGAUGAACACCAUUUAGACCGCUCCAGCACGAAACCAAAAACAUUUGACCCUGUAUGGAAUGAGACAUUUAUUCACGAAGUUCAGAACGCAACUAAUUUGGGUAUCACUGUUUUCCAUGAUGCUGCAAUACCUCCAGAUGACUUUGUGGCAAACUGCACAAUUCCCUUUGAAGAUCUCAUGCAUCGUGAAAAAGACGCCACAGAUUUUUGGGUGGACCUAGAACCUCAGGGAAAAAUUCAUCUCAAAAUAGAUCUGAAAUGGAAUUCUCAAGUGGGUGUGGUGAGCGGCAGCGCGUCCGGGCCGCGGCGCGAGUUCAAGGAGGGCGCGGGGUUCGCUCGGCGCCGCGGGGCUCUGCGCCGCCGCGUGCACCAGGUCAACGGGCACAAGUUCAUGGCCACCUUCCUGCGACAGCCCACCUUCUGCUCGCACUGCAGGGAGUUCAUCUGGGGCCUCGGAAAACAAGGAUAUCAAUGUCAAGUUUGCACUUGCGUGGUGCACAAGCGUUGCCAUUCGUCCGUCGUCACCAAGUGUCCCGGCAUGCGUGAGGAGCAGCAGCAGAGCGUAUCAUGUGCGUCUGGUGGGCAGCGCUUCAGUGUGAACGUGCCGCACCGCUUCGUGGUGCACUCGUACAAGCGCUUCACGUUCUGCGACCACUGCGGCUCGCUGCUCUACGGGCUCAUCAAGCAGGGCCUGCAGUGCGAGGUGUGCUCGAUGAACGUGCACAAGCGGUGCCAGAAGAACGUGGCCAACAACUGCGGCAUCAACACCAAGCAGAUGGCCGAGAUCCUCAGCGAGAUGGGCAUCACCCCGGACAAGAACCCGCGCCCCCGGGCUUCCAAGUACUUGAACACACCGAUGCUGGAGGGUCCGCCGGACUUCCUCCCCGAAGACGGGAAAGACGAGCGGCAAGAUGACAAAGAGCUGGAGGAGGGCCAGAAACUGUGGGGGUCUCAGUGGGAGGAACUGCGCGACAUAUUCAGUAGUUACCAAGGUGCGCCGCCGGAGCCCGCGUGGUCCUCCGCGUGGGACGACCUUGAGGACGUGUUCGGGUUCAAACAAGGGUCUGAGAGCACGGGCGGGCACAAGGUGUCGCUGGACGACUUCCACUUCAUCAAGGUGCUCGGCAAGGGCUCCUUCGGGAAGGUCAUGCUCGCUGAGAAGAAGGGCACAGAUGAGGUGUACGCGGUGAAGGUGCUGAAGAAGGACGCCAUCAUCCAGGACGACGACGUGGAGUGCACACUGACGGAGCGGCGCGUGCUGGCGCUGGCCGCCCGACACCCGUUCCUCACCGCACUGCACUGCGCCUUCCACACGCCCGAGCGCCUGUUCUUCGUCAUGGAGUACGUCGACGGCGGCGACCUCAUGUUCCAGAUACAGCGCGCGCGCAAGUUCGACGAGCCGCGCGCCAGGUUCUACGCGGCGGAAGUGACGCUGGCGCUGCAGUUCCUGCACGCCAACGGAGUCAUCUACCGCGACCUCAAGCUGGACAACAUCCUGCUCGACAGCGAGGGGCACUGCAAGCUCGCUGACUUCGGCAUGUGCAAGGAGGGCAUCAUCGAUGGUGUAACCACUACCACUUUCUGUGGAACACCGGAUUAUAUUGCUCCUGAGAUCCUGCAGGAGCUGGAGUACGGCGCGUCGGUGGACUGGUGGGCGCUGGGCGUGCUGCUGUACGAGAUGCUGGCCGGCCAGCCGCCCUUCGAGGCCGACAACGAGGACGACCUGUUCGAGAGCAUCCUGCACGACGACGUGCUCUACCCCGUCUGGCUCUCCAAGGACGCCGUCGCCAUACUCAAGGGUUUCAUGACGAAGAACCCAGCCCGCCGGCUGGGCGUGGUGGGCGGUGAAGCUGGGAUCCGCGCGCACGCGUUCUUCCGCGAGAUCGACUGGGACGCGCUCGCCCGCCGCACUGUGCGCCCGCCCUUCCGACCCAAGAAGAGCAAGCGCGAAGCGGCCAAUUUCGACGCGGAGUUCACGAAGGAGGAGCCGUGCCUCACGCCCGUGCCGCCCGACGUGCUGAGAGCCAUCAACCAGGAGGAAUUCCGCGGCUUCUCGUUCGUGAACCCGGACUUCAACCCGCAGCCGCACGAGCGCCCGCAGUGAGCGCGCACACACACACACACCACACAUACACAUCACACACACACACACCACACUAUACACUACACUAUACACACUACGCGCCCGUCGUACUGUCGGGUAAUAAGCACGCGGAAAUAUUAUGUAUAGCGUACGCGCAGUGGGUAAGCACGCGUGGGUUACGGCGAUACGUCUUUAACAAUAGAAAUGAAAUUAUAGGAAAUAAUGCCUAUUGUAAUGUUAGAAAGAACAAUCAACUAAUAUUUUUCCACUCUUAAUCAAGAAUGUGUUAUUGAAAGUAUCAUGUUGAAUCGCUGAUGCUUGAUUUCUUAAAAAAAUAGUCAGAAAACUUCCAUGGAUAACAGAUUUCGCUAAAUUUAUAGCAAUGCACUUACAACUCAAUCAAUCAAUCACGAAAGAAGCUAGAAAUCCAACUAAUAAAGUUGUCGAUUCGAACACAUGACAAAAAUCGACCAAUAGCAGCGCAGUAUUUACGUCCUGACUUGUGAUUGGACGAAAAUCUAGCGUAUCGUCGUAACUCACUAACUAAACACUUUACAAAUAAUCUACAUUUGUGUUGAAAAUCACAAUUAUGUAUCGGAAUAUUACAUCACAAUGUUUAAAGGAAUAAGUAUAAUAUUAUAUUGGAUAAGUUGAGAUUUUUAUAUUUAUUAUUACCAACAUGGUAACCGUUUUACGAUUUAUUUUAUAUUUUUGUUACAUGUUUUUUGACAUGAUCGUUGGAAUUAUGAUAAUGACUUGCGGUGUGAUGUAAUCUGUCGAUGAACAAAGAAUCGAGUCAAAAUAUCACUGAUCUUAUUAACUUGUGGUGUGUUCAAAAUAUAUUAAUUUCCAAUAGAAGAGUUAAUGCUUAACAUUUAUCUGUAAAAGCAUGGAAACUACACUAAGUAUCUAGGUUGAUAUAACAGAGUCAUAUAUUAUAAACAUAGUGUAACGCACUAAAGAAUUUGGAUGGUUCACGUGACGUCACGUGCGAAAGUUCUCGAAGGAUCUAGUCAGGUGUUUAUUGUGUAGUAUUAUUUCAGUUGGUUUUGUACGUUUCGUCUAAAUGUACGUCUGUCUGUCGUAGCGUAGUUAGUGUAGCGCUCGGGCGGUCGGCACGCUCGCUUCUUCCGUAAUUUUUUUUCGACUAUUUUUCUUAGUAACAAGUAUAAGGUGACACUUGCGACCGCUAGAUGGCGUUGUUUGUUCCACCAGACCACAUAUGGUCUGUGGACUAGUAGUUCUAUAUACUCUACAGACCAUAUGUGGUCUGUGGACAGUGAACCUGUUAAAGUAACUGAACAGAUGCCGUAUUAUUACCAUAAAAAAUAUGUUGUUAAUUGCCUGCUUAUGUUGAAAAAAUAAUUGAAAUAAACAUUGGGAAGUGAAAAUUGAAAUUGAGCGCCAUCUAGCGGCGGUAAAGUGUCGCACAAAGAUCGCGAUACCUCACAAACGAGUUGCCAAAUCAGUUCGCUUGAUAUGUUUCUUAUGACGUUUCUGUCCGCGGAUACCAGCCAAUAUUAUAUUUUGCUCGUUGAUCUGUUUUUAGAUAUAAUUUAUGAAGUAUUUAUAAGUGUUAAGUAUGAGAUGUAUAAUGUUAGGUUAUUCCCCCGCGCCGGUGUAAUCGAUGUUGAUUCGUGAUAAUGUUCCCUCAACUGUAGUCGGGGAGGCGACCGCCUUCUAGCUUGGAGUAUCUUAUAUUUAUGUACACUGCGAAUUU